AUGUUGAGAUUCCGAGUCUUCCCUCCAGAGCAUCACCACUUAGGAAACGUGCCCUGGGACUUGGGUGUCCUGCUCAUCUUCUUUCUCCUGGACCUGACCAGAGAAGGUUGCCUUGGAGAGAACCUUCAGCAGGCCUUCCGUGUGGAGCCAGAUAACGUCACCGUCCAUGAAGGGCAGACAGCUCUGCUAAAUUGUGAAGUGGAUCACCCUUCUGGCAUUGUACAGUGGGCGAAGGAUGGGUUAUUGCUGGGCCCGGAUCGGAACAUCCCCAGUUUCCCCCGCUACAACAUGGCGGGAGACCCUAAUGAAGGCAAGUAUAACCUGCAAGUGACAAGGAGCCGACUCGAAGAUGACGCCUCGUACGAGUGCCAGGUGGGGCCCUCGGAGAGCAGCGACGGCAUCAUCUCUCGCAGUGUGCAGCUCACUGUGCUUAUUCCACCUAAGAAACCGCUCAUUACUGAGUACGAGGCCAACAGCACUGUGACCUGGCUGGCUGGUGUGGAAUACACGGUGCACUGCCAAGUGAAAGACGCCCGGCCUCCAGCUGAGAUCACCUUCAGCAAGGGUGCCAAUGAGCUGGCAGAUGUGACAUCUAGCAUCCAACCUGGUUCUAGAGACAAGCUGUUCAACACCGAGGGCAUGCUGAAGAUCACCCCUGAAAGCUCAGACAACCAGCGUUGGCUGAUGUGCAGAGCCUCUAACAUGGUUUCUUUCGUCCCUGCGGUUGUCGGUUUCACCAUGAACGUCCUGUUCCCGCCCCAGCCGCCCGUCAUCAAGGGAUAUAACGGCCCUGCGGUAAAAGCCAAAGAGAACCUCAAACUGACCUGCAUUUCUUUAAGUGGCAACCCCCUGGCUACGCUGCAAUGGCUGAAGAAUGGUGAAGUCAUUUCCACGAACUGGGAAACGGACGAUACCAGCCAAUUGUCCCGCAGUUCCCUGGCUCUGAGCAUCACAGCAGAAGACAACAUGGCGACUGUGAGCUGCCAGGCUUUGAACAGAGUCUUGACGCUCCCCCUGCAGGCUAGCAUCGUUCUGCCUGUGGUCUUUCCCCCUGAACAGGUGAAAAUAAUUGGGUCAAGCAGCGCCCAAGAAAAGAGGGAGAUCUCCAUGUCUUGUUCCACUUCCACCAGCAACCCACCUGUGCUGCUGCGCUGGUGGCUGGGUUGGAGGGAGCUCAAUGCCACCGAGGUCACAGUGUCAGAGGGAGCUAACCAAGGGAUGAUCACUGUUUCUAAUCUGACAUACACUGUGCACCGAGAGGACAAUGGACUGUCCUUGAUCUGUGAGGCCUUCAAUGAAGCCAUCAUGUACACCAAGAGUGCUACAGUUACCCUCAGAGUAACAUAUCCACCUCAGAAAAUCUGGAUUGACGUGCCACCCCCGGAAACAUACUUUCGAGCAGGCACCGCAGUCAAGCUUGCCUGUUUUGCCAGUGGCGGGUACCCUCCACCUCGCCUUGAGUGGUACAAGGUGACAUGCUCUUCCACAGGAGGAGCCUCAGGAACCCGUGUGGAGCAGAAGCUCUCUCCUGGACAGAGUGGACUUCUGAAGCCCUGCCUGGGCAGGCAAGAGAUCAAGACAGUAAGAGAUGGAAUAACUUCAGGGUCGGCAGGGAAUAUUGUUUCCAAGGAGUUGAUGCUGACCACUACCCCCAGCGACAACAUGGCCACCUACCGUUGCAAUGCCACUGGCUCUUCCAGAAGCUCCGCGCUCACUGCGUACACCCUUCUCCACGUCCAGUUCCCACCUCUACAUGCAACGAUUACGACAACGGACAAGGAAAUGAGACACGGCCAGUCAGUGACCCUGAACUGUAAAUCAGGGAGCAGCCACCCUCCUGCCACCCUCACUUGGCUCAAAGAUGGAAAAAAGUUGAAAGGCACUAACCUAGGGCAGAAGAAAGCAGAGUAUGGGGGUUUCUCUACUUCAGAGAGGGUAACUCUGGUGGUAUCGUCUGAAGAUCAUGGGAAGAGGGUGGAAUGUCACGCGUACAGUGCCGUCCUCUCUGAAGGUGUGAAUACCUUCUACCAACUCACUGUCCUAUUUCCGCCAGAGUUCUCCCGCGAUCAGCCCCUUGCUGUGCAAACAGUGGAGCAUGAAGCUGUCCUGCUGCCCCUGCUGGUCACUGCCAGCCCUCCCGAAAUCACCUAUCGCUGGAGCUUCCUUGGUGAGGUACUCUUGACAGAGGGCUCACCACGGUACCACUUGAGGGAUGGUGGCUCCCUGGAGAUCUGGAACGUGACCCGGGCCGAUGCUGGCAAGUACAAGAUCCACUGUGAGAACCCAGAAGGGCACAACGAGACAUCUGUCUCACUGGAUGUGCAGUAUUCACCAUCCAUCCGCAGCAUUGGAGACCCAACCUAUGUGGACCUGGGAGGCACAGCUGAGAUUCUGUGCCAGGCUGAUGCCAACCCUGCCCCUGAAAGCAUGUUCCAGUGGAGGUGGCUGGGUGAUCUGGAGCAGAGCUUGGAAGAGCUGGGCAUUGAACUGCUGUCAGAAGGACUGGCAGGGCGACUGCGCAUCCAGGAGGCACAGCGAACCCAUGCUGGGCUCUACGAAUGCCAGGUAGACAACGGCAUCUCCCCAGCGGCAAGGAGCAGUGCCCGCUUGAUCGUGCGAUACUCCCCAGAGAUCAUCAAAGGCCCUGGUCAGAGAAAAGUGGCAGCUUCAGGAGAUGGGAAAAGCCAAGCCGCGCUCCAGUGCCGGGCUCAAGGCGUUCCCACCGUGCACUUCAGCUGGGCCAAGAAUGGUGUCUCCCUUGAUCUCCAAAGCUCCAGGCACACUGUGGUUACAGAUCAUGAAGGUUCCUUGCACACAAGUACCUUAACUAUUGCCAAUGUGAGCGCGGUCCUUGACUAUGCCACCUUCACCUGCACGGCCAGAAAUGAACUGGGCAUGGAUACUCUUGACAUCCAGCUACUUAGUACUAGCCGCCCUGACCCACCAACAGGACUGAAGGUUGUUGGUGUUGCCCACAACUGGCUGGCUUUGGAAUGGACCCCAGGCUUUGAUGGAGGGCUUCAACAAAGCUUUCGCAUCAGGUAUCACUGGCCAGGGACCCGCAGCUUCCUGUAUGUAGAUGUCUUCCCACCACAGUCCUCUGCUUUCACCUUGACGGGCCUGUACCCGAACACCCUCUAUAACGUCUCAGUCAAUGCUCGUAAUGUUCUUGGUGAAAGUGACUUUGCUGAUGGAGGUGCAGGACUCAGUGUUACUACUGAAGAGAGCUCCAUACUGCCUCUUCCUCUUAUUGGGCUCCUCAGUGCCCUAGGGGGACUUCUGAUAGUUUCCAACCUGUUCUUUCUGGGCUGCUUAUUGUGCAGGCGACAGGCCCGAGGCUUCAAAGGAGAUGGAACCCAAGAAGCAGCCAAGGGAAAGGUGAGAUUUUCCAACAACUAUACAGUGUGCAAGUGGCUGAAAAUUGGCGCACAGCCAGCACAGCUGGAGGAGCACAGCUCAGAGGGCAGCUCUGUCAAGACGUCAACAACAGGUUCUGGAGCCACUUCCCAGGCCUGGUCCCGGCUGGGCCGCCGCGGUGACAGCGAGACUGAUGCUAGUAUUACAGACCCCAACAUCCUGCCCCCUUGGCUUGGCUCCUCAGAGAUCCAUGAGUAUGAGGAAGUGAGGGUACCUGGGAGAUACGAGGAACUGGGACCUCUGUACGAUGUCUGGUACCCUGAGGCGGAACCACGGAUUCAUGAGUAUGCAGAUGCCUAUCAAAGGAGCAGAGGAUCGCUGGCUGCCUACGCAGAGAUGAUGCAGAUUUACGAUCCUGUGGCGGAUUACCUGCCCCUGGCCCAGGAGCUGCCUUUUGAGCAGCAAGGGGAACUGGUCUAA